AUGCCCCCCGACGGCCCCAGUGCAACCGCCGGAGUUGCCCGGGCUGGCAACGCAGACGGUUCGAAAGUUUCCGCAUGGUCGAUAUUCCACGGCAGGAUCAACAAAGUGGCCGACACCUUAUUCUACCGCCUGGGCUACUGGGUGGCCACGCACCCCAAGCGGACCCUUCUCAUCAGCCUUGUCUUUGUGAUCGCAUGCUGCUUCGGGUUCGCCAACUUCAGGGUCGAGGCCGAUGGGGAAGACCUCUGGGUGCCAGCAGAUUCCUUGACCAACGAUCAGCGGGACAUCAUCCUUGGGGACUUCGAUGGCGGCGGUGAGUUUGCCUCCUUUCUGGUGGAGAGCCCGUCUGAAACGGGCAGCGUGCUGACUAAGGAAUCGGUAGAUGCGGUAUGGGAGCUGGAUGCGAUCGUCAUGGCCGUCAAGGUUGAUGGCAACACCUACGCCGACGUGUGCUUAAAAGAACUGGACGGUGUGACGUGCGAACAGCCGUUCCGUGGGAUCACUCGCUUCUGGGGAGAUUUCGCAACCUACGAGGCCUCCGUAUCAAACGAUGCGGAUGUCCUUGCGGCCGUGAACGCGACCACCUUUCCGGACGGGUCGGCGGUCAACCAGCAGGCCCUCUUCGGCAACGGGAUCACCUAUGACGAUGACGGCAACAUCUCCGGAGCAACGGCUAUCAUUCAGGCGUACGCGCUCGAUUCUGACUCUGAUGAGGACGCGGGUAUCAAUGAGAUUGUUUACGACUGGAAUGAAGCGUUUCAGGACGCUAUGGAUGCAGUAUCGGAAGAUUUCGAUGUUUUCGGCGUGUUCUACCUCACCAGCCGGUCAACCGACGACGCCAUUUCUGAGUCCGUAUCGGACGUCCUGAUGAUCGCGUUCGUGUCGGUGACGAUCGGCCGGUGCUGCCGCGGACAUGUCAAGCAACGAAGCUGGUUGGCAAUCGGCGGGAUCGUGUUCGUCAUUGCCGCCGGUGUGGCCGCCUACGGGGUCAACAGCGGCUUCGGCGUCCCCUUCACGACGCUGUCGCAGAUGCUCCCUUUCAUUCUCGUCGGCAUCGGCGUGGACGACAUGUUUGUCAUCGUCGCGGCGUACGACAACACCGACCCCUUGCUGGCCGUGGAGGAAAGGGUCGCCCUCGGAAUCAAGCGCUGCGGGGUGUCCAUCACCUCUUUCGUAGCGCUUCUGACCAUUGACGCCAAGCGUCAGAGCGCCGGCAGGAUCGACUGCUACUGUUGUUUAACUAGCGAAACGCAUCUCCAGCAGCAAGAGCGGCAGCACCAGGAGGGUAUCCAAAGAGGAGUCACGCUGCCUGCCAGCAACGGUGAGAGCGCCAACAACACCCAAGGGAAACACGCCGACGAGGCGGACGUGCGCCAAUUGUCGACGAUCGGAAGGUUAAUGAAAGACAAGUACGCGCCUUUCGUUCUGUCAGCCAAGGGGAAGGCCCUGGUGCUACUCGCCUCUGCGGGGCUGCUUGCCGCCGGCAUCUAUGGCGUCACGCAGGCGACUCAAGGCUUGGACGUGCUCGACCUUGCUCCAGACGGCCACUUCUCAAUAGAAUACACGGUGCGGUCGAGGUAUUACGACUUCGACAUCCAGGAAUGGUACGUCCCGCUCAAUGUCUACACCCAGGAGGUGGACUAUCCCGACGUUGCUGUUCAGGCGGAGAUUCAGUCCAUCGAUGACGAAAUGUUGGAGCUAAAUAACGUCGACGGACCGGUGGACUCGUGGCUCGCUUCCUUCAUCGUGUGGGCAGAGGCCAACACCACCUACAGUGCCAACGUGGGUACGUCCGGGGGCUACCCGGUGUACGACGAUCGGGAUACCUUCUACACCGCUCUCUCCGCCUUCCUGGAGGACGAGGAUAACGCCAGAUUCUUGGAGGACGUGGUCUUCGAUGACGACGGACUCAUCAAGAUAAGUCGAUCGGAGAUGUUCCUUAUCAACCUCGUCGACACGGACAACAACUUGGACGCCCUCCUCGAUACGAGAGAAGUCUCCGACCAAUCAACGCUCGACCCUCAGCCGUUCGCGUACUCCGAUGUAUUCGGCUUCACGGAGCAGUACCUGGUCAUCUACGAUGAGCUGCUGGCGAGCUUCGGCCUCGCCUUGUUGGCGGUGCUCAUCCUGAGCCUGUUCGUGCUGGGCAAGGUCGCCAUCGUCGUCCUCGUCUGCGUCACGUUGGUGAUAAUCGAUGUUGAGCUGCUGGGCUUCGUUUACCACUGGAAUUUGAACGUGAACAGCAUCACUGUGAUCGAGCUGAUCAUGGCCGUCGGGUUGGUGGUGGACUACAUGGUCCACAUUGUGCACUACUUCCUCCACCAGGACCCCAGCAUCCCGAAGGACGCGCGAAUCGCCGACGCGCUGGGGGAGAUCGGUCCGUCGGUAAUGGUGGGAGCGGCGACAACAUUUUUGGGAAUCAUGCCCCUGGCGUUCGCUAACAACGUGAUCUUCCGCGUGUUUUUCAAGAUGUUUCUCGUCAUCAUUUCUUUCGGGGUGGUGGUGUUAGAUGGACCGGUGUCAGCCGAGAAAGGCCUACAAAGCUAGCUCCAUCCUGUGACCUGCAGAGUAGGGACAAGCGGAAGAAGCGCAGAGCGGCGGUUCUUCCACACACGGCGCGUUUCUAUACCCGAACGCCGGGGUUUUUUAAUUUCAUGAAGCGAUAGAGCCCUCUCAUAGGAUGUGUGUGCGGUGAACAUGUGGAUGCAAAUGUGUGAUGCAAUGCCUCGUUUAGAAAAAUACGUCCCGCACUUGAAUCGCAUGUUGGCCACCACCAGGAAAGAACGAUGGUCAUAUUGCCGUGUAGGAGAGAAGCACCAAGUACUUUGGUCACACGAUGAGCAGGCUUGUAUUUCUGCUGUUUUCGGUUACGAUCGUCCGUGUGUGUGUCUGUGUUUCGAGUCAAGAGUUACCCAAUGUAUCUGGUAAACGGUUCCAGAACCUUGUCUGUGUUGUUGUUGUCUUUACAAUAAAAACCAUGUGGAAAUGGUUUAUCUUUCCAGACUGUGAGCUUACUCUUCGUUUUAUGUUGUUCCACUCUUGUCUGGACUUUGGGCUGUGUAUCGUUGCAACUGGUCAUCGAGCGGACAAUAUUUUGUUCGAAAAUAUGCUACAUUUUUGCGAGUGAUUUGCUUGUCUUGGGGAGGGAUGUGGGGUUGUAUAUAUUUCUACAUUUUAGUGCGUGCGUGCCGUGGGCACAUGUUGCUUGUGGCCUUAGAUGUGUUAUGUCUC